AUGGCGAUGGCCGCGCGGCCACAGACCCCCGUGCAGGAUGCAUACUCGAUCCCGCACCCAAAUGAGACAGGGGCCCUGAUCCGCGGGUACAGCGCCGUUCGCUCUUCCUCAUCGCGACCCAACUCCUAUGCCGGCACCGGCUCGGCCUACCACUACAAUAACCUCGACCAGUCGUCCCAACUCGCCCAUAACCCGCGCUUCAAGGAGGACUUUGAGUCAGUCAGUCGCCGCAGCUCCGUCUUACUCGACGGUCCCUCCGGAGGCAGUACUGGGGUGCAACGCUCAGCCUCACUCAUGUCCCCCGGCCCGUCGCGCUCAGGCACACUCCGUAAGAAGGCUUCCCUGAGCAAGAAAGGCAGUUUGCGGCGCAAUGGGAGUCGCCGCUCCAUGCGCGCAGGCAGCGUGCGAAGCCUCAGCUUGGGCGAUCGCGAGAAAUACCACUCGGAUGGAGUAGAGGAUGUCAACAGUGCAUUCAUGGUUCCCAUCCCGACCACGGGCAACCCAACGGAGGUGUUGGCCAACCGCUUUCAAGCCUGGCGCAAGAUCCUAAAGGAUCUUAUCAUCUUCUUCAAGGAAGUACAAAAGUCCUACGAAACCAGAUCGAAGCUCUUCCUGUCCGCCUCCCAUGUGAUGAACAACCAGGUCGCCCCUCAAGCCUUCCUACAAUCUGGCGGUCUCGCCGAUGCCACCGAGAUUCUCCAACAUUUCCAUCGCCAAGGUUAUACGGAGGCCAACAAGGCCGUGGAGGUGGAGACUGAGGUGAUCAGCCAGUUGACUGGUCUCCGAAGCGAUCUUCAAAAGAAGACCAAGGAGAUCAAGAGUCUCUCUGGCGAUUUUAAGAACACCGUGGAGAAGGAAAUUGACGGCACCCGUAAGGCCGUGCGCAAUCUACAUGAGUCGCUAGGCCUGGUGGAUACCGACCCCUCUGCCACUUCUGGUAAAGGCGAUCCGUUCUUGAUGCGCCUGAAUGUUGAGCGACAAGUCGAAAAGCAGAUCGAGGAAGAAAACUAUCUCCAUCGGGCUUACUUGAAUCUGGAAAACUCCGGCCGCGAACUCGAAUCGAUCGUCGUCAGCGAGAUCCAAAAGGCCUACAACGCCUACGCCAGCAUCCUUAAGAGGGAAGCUGACGAGGCUUACGAUACGGUGGAGAAGCUUCGUGCGGGACCGAUUUCGAUGCCACAAGAUCACGAGUGGAAUGCCUUUGUCGCUGGCACCGAUGAACUCGUCGACCCCCGCAUCCCGCUGCGGAACGUGGAGAACAUCACCUACGAUGGCAAGGAUCACCCGGCAGCAGCAGAAGUUCGUGCUGGUAUGCUGGAGCGCAAGAGCAAGUACCUGAAGAGCUAUACUCCUGGUUGGUACGUGCUGUCGCCAACGCAUCUGCACGAGUUCAAGUCGGCCGACCGCGUGGAGUGGCAGACUCCAAUCAUGUCGUUGUACCUGCCCGAGCAGAAACUGGGCUCUCAUUCGCAAGAAGAUUCCAGCUCCCACAAGUUCAUGUUGAAGGGUCGACAAACUGGUGCCAUGCAUCGCGGCCACUCUUGGGUGUUCCGCGCCGAGUCCCACGAAACUAUGAUGUCUUGGUAUGAGGAUAUCGAGAGUCUGAGCAACAAAACUGGUGAAGCGCGAAAUGCAUUCGUUCGUCGACACGUCCGGAGCGUGAGUGGUCGUUCGACCAACAGCGAGGUGUUGGAGGAUGACGAGGCCGAUCAGACCCCGUACUCCGCCGAGUCCGUGGUUCUGGGCCAGGAACGGCCCACCUCAGCCACCCGCCAGCCCGGCGGGGCCUUCCCGAGUGACGUCCAGAUCGAUCGGCACCUCCAGGCGCCACUAUCCCCAUCUAGCGGUGACAGCUCUGCAGGCAGGGACAUGAUCGCUGCCGCUGGCGCCCUUCCAGAUGGCACCGGGGCCGCGGAUCCUUCCCGGUUCUACGGUGAUCGCGAUUUCGCCACGGCAUCCCCACAACCUACCAAUGAUGGCGGUUCGAUCAAGGUGGAUCGAUCUCGGUCCCGGAUGAGUCGCCAUGACAGUUACUACGGGGAUUGGAUCGGCCCGGCUGCCAUCGUGGCCCAGCAGAAGAAGAGCCAGCUGUCCCAAGCUGCGAACACGGAUGCCCGCGAAAUCCGCUCGGACGGAGAUCAUAACUCCGUAGUGGCCAUGUCCGGUGUCUUGGAGGCCGCAGACCGCCGUGAAUCUUCUGCGCCACCGCAGAUGGCUCGUCGGGAGAGCGUGUCUACGGUGCCGACCAAUACUAACGGCACCGACUACACCAACAACACGAUGGCCACCUCGGUCGAUGAGACGCCCGCGUUUCUGAAGAAUGGCGCAGCCGUUGCCAGUGGCUCCUUGGCUACCCAGAACCAUGAGGAUGGGUACGCGGGGACAGGAGCCGCCGGCUCGGCCAAAACCGUUCCAGACUUGGGUCUGCCCAAACGAGACAGCGUCGUGGCCAUCGACAUGAAGAUCCCUGGCCGCUAUCCACCGACCAACGUGGCCGCAUGA